UGAGGUUCCCCUGGUGUGCCUGCCUUUAGAUAUCCCAUGUGCAUAUUUAGCUUGCACAAACAGGCUGCUGCUGCUGCUGCUGAAGGAUUCCCACAUAUACAUCACAUUUCUACAGAAAACUGAGCUGCAAUGCAAAAAUAAACUGGUUUGGUAUUGCUGUAGAGUCGUGCUGAAACUUUCUUCGUUAAAUACUUUAAUCCAGUGAAGAAAAUAGUGAACUUAAUGAAGUGUCUGUCCAAGCCACUAAUUACCUGAGCAGAAACCAGGACCCAGUUAAUAUUCUUGCAUAAUGCCAAAAGACAAGAAAUGUAUUGCUUUUUUUUACAUUUAUUUAUUUGAGUGAUUAUCAUGCUAAUUUGUACACAUAAUGUACUCCAGGCAACCUAAAAGGAAAAAGGGGCUAAAGGUUGUUAUCCCAAAGGAGGGAGCAGGCGGAGUCUAUCAGUCAUUGAAGUAAAAGUAUUUGACUAAUCUAGAGGGUUUCAAAGACACACACAUACCAGGAGCAAGGUCUGAACAGCUCAUUACUGAUAUCCCCUGAAAGAUUUCCCUGGCCUCUCUGCAUGAUAACAACUUGCCUGAGAAACUCACAAGCUGAGAACCUUUAGUGCUUUAUUAGUUUGGAAUUCUCUGCUAAUUCUUAAAUAAGGUCCUGGGUGAAUACACAGACCUACUGCAAAUAUUGCUGAAAUCAAGUCAUAAUGCAGAAUACAAAAUAUUGUAUAACCCUGACUGCUCUUCUAUGUUUUACUAUUGUUGCAUUUGGAGAAGAGAAUGGGUCAUUCCCAAAGUCAUCCUCUAAUGGCAGGCUAUCGUUCCUGGGAAGCAUGACUGCUACUAUGAACUCCUCUUUCCUCAAGACCAUGAAUGCUAAUGCUUCAAUCCUAAACAUACAAGCUAACAAAAGUUUUAUAAAUGGAAAAAACAGGUUUCCGAUGUGUGACAGGCCAACAGGGAUCAAAGACACAUUCAGAUACAUAACCAGUGUGGUAUCUUGCCUGAUAUUUAUAGUGGGCAUCACUGGUAACACAGCACUGCUAAGGAUAAUCUACAAGAACACCUGCAUGAGGAAUGGUCCCUACAUGCUCAUUGCAAGUUUGGCAUUGGGAGAUGUUCUCCAUAUCAUCAUCAAUAUUCCAAUCAACACGUAUAAGCUACUGGCACAAGAUUGGCCAUUUGGAGUUGAAAUAUGCAAACUAGUUCCAUUCUUGCAAAAGGCUACCGUGGGCAUCACUAUGCUGAGUCUAUGUGCCCUUAGCAUAGACAGGUACAGGGCUGUCGUCUCCUGGUCUCAUGUUCAAACCACUGGUGUUUCAAAAUGGAUUGCAGUGGAAAUCGCUUCCAUCUGGGUUAUAUCAUCUCUUCUGGCAGUACCUGAAGUGAUAGGUUAUGAUUUAAUUGUAACUAACUAUCGAGGGGAACACCUCCAGACCUGUAUGCUUCAUCAUGUACAAACAACUUCCUUUAUGAGGUUUUAUAAGAUGUACAAGGAUAUGUGGCUGUUUAGCUUCUAUUUCUGCUUCCCUUUGGUUCUGUCGGUGAUCUUCUACACCCUGAUGACGUUUGAGCUAUUCAGGAAGAAAAAUGAAAUGGGACUUGCUAUUAGUGACACCUUACGACAGAGACAGGAGGAUGCAAAAACAGUCUUUUACUUUGCGCUUGUAUUUUCUGUUUGCUGGCUUCCUCUGCACCUCAGUCGGAUUUUAAAAUUCACAUUUUAUGAUGAAAAGGAUGCUAAGAGGUGUGACUUUCUAAGUUUCCUCUUGCUGUUGGAUUACAUUGGUAUAAACAUGGCUAAUUUGAAUUCGUGCAUCAAACCAAUAGCUCUCUACUUAGUGAGCACAAGGUUUAGAAACUGCUUUAAGUCAUGUUUGUUCUGCUGGUGCCAGUCUAAAGAGAUGCUGAGCUUGGAAGAUAAGCGUUCUUGCAUGCAGUUGAAAGCUCAUGAUCACGAAUAUGACAAACUCCACUCCAUAAGCAAAGACAGCUCAUCAUGAAACAAAAGAUGCUAUCAACUCACAUUGAUAUUAGUGAUCAGUGAAUAGGAACUUCCAGGAAAAUACGUUUUUUUUUCCAGUAAGAAUACUUGCAGGCCCUAACAUAUUAUUCCUAGUUCCUAGGUCAACAACUACAUUACAUUAUAUAAAGCUAUGCAUUAGAACAGGAACUUUGUCACUGAUAAAGCAAGUGGAAGAAAUGUCAGAUUUAUCAAGUUAAGCAAGGAUUGAUGUGGGAUCUUGAAAAACUUUGUGAAAGGCCCUAACUGGCGUGUAUUAAACAGUGGAAUCAUUAUUACCAACAUCAAAUAUUACAAUUACAAACAUUGCAGUGUUUUUUACGUUAAACCAAUGGACCAUUACUGGUAUAUUCACUUUUUUUGUUAACCUACCCAGAAAUUACCUAAACCACCCACCAUACAAUAAAAUAAGUGUCCCAAAAACUCAAAAGUAUUAAUAUUUCAAUAGAUUUAAAGGACAUGUAAAUCCCCCACAAAGAUGUACUCAGUAAACAGCCUCUUUGAAAUAUUUAAAUAUCUGCCUCUCUGCUUGUUAAAAUGUUAAUAGUAAGGUUGCAGCAUACACUUAAUCACUUAGGAUUCCUUCUCCUCCUCCAACCCACUCGGCCCCCUUCCUUAGCAAUUUAUCUUGCCUUUCGGCUACUGAGCAUGCUCAGUUCUUCUUAACUCUGAUUACUAAACACACAUGUUCACAUGUGCUGCUAGCAGAUGUAAAUAGAGUGUCAGUGAAAAUGGCUUGUAGGUGAUAGCUGCUAUUUGUUUGGGGAAAUGGGAUACCGCUGGCGAACAGAGGAUAUAUAUGGAGUACAAAUUAUGGUUUGGUUGGGGGUUUCCAACAUAUAUACAGUACAUGGUAGGAGAAUGUAGGGUGUACAUGUCCUUUAAGGAAUGUAUAAUUUUUAAUACUGAUUGACAACAAGCUGCCUGCAUAUGUUAGUCUGGCCUAUUUUGAAUACAUUUAUUUUGAAUACAUGCAAUGUAAAAAAAUAGUUUGCAGGAUAAAUAUCUGCAUUCAUAUAAACACCUAAUUGAUAUAUUACUGAACAAGGACAGAAAUAUAAUCUUCUGUGUUUCAUAACAUUACCAUAACUAUAAAUAUAGCAAACUUAAUUGCCCUAGGAUUCUGCCAAGCAACCACAAUCCAGGUUAUUUAUUUACUGUAUAUAACAUGUAAUAAAGACAUUCCAUAACUGGUUAAAAUCGAAAAA